CCCUGCAUUUUGUGUACUGUUUGUGUAAAAAAUAAUAGAUAGAUUUACACGUUUUCUUCGUCGUUUGCAGCAAAAAAAAGAUCAAAUAUAAUGCCUGAGAGCGACGUAACCAAAAUGAAAGUUGCAGAUCUGAAGCGGGAGCUGAAACUUCGUGGUCUUCCGAUGCACGGCAACAAAAAUGAGUUGCAGGAGCGUUUGCAAACUGCUUUGCUUGAGGGGGAUAUUUCGCUCGAGGAUAGCGCUAUCACGGCGCUCGAAGACGACGACGUCCUGCUUACUGAUGAGGAUGAGCACAAGUUGCUGGAGGAUGAUCACGACGAUCUGCUUCUAAAAAGCCCCGUCAGCACACCAACAACGGUUUCCGAAUCAUUGCUGCCCACCACAGCAAAGGACGGCAGCAGCAUUGCUGUAACGUCAGCGGCAGAAUCCAGUACCACAGCUGAGACACCAAUAACCAGCACUGGCGGGUCAUCUGCGCAGCCCGCUAAGAAGAUCGUCCUGAAGCGCAAUAAUUCUCAGCCAUUGUCUGAGGCAGGUGGCACUGCGGCAUCAACGACGCCGUCAGUGGCAAAGGAAAACGCGGCGCCCGCAAGCGAGAGUAAAUUGAUACGGAAACCUAUAGUGGCGGGGGCUAGCGUUGCCAAGGAUACGGAUAGUACCAAUUCAAGCGAAAAGAAACUAACCGAGCUAACUGCUCAGGAACGUUUGGAGCUGCGCGCUAAGAAAUUUGGAAUCACAAGCGGUGCUACUGCAGCUUCUACGAACGUUAAUAAAUCCUCGAGUGCAUCCAUUGUGGCUAACAAAGGCAACAAGGAGACUGAGGAACAGCAGAGAGAGGCAUUAAAGCGUAGAGCCGAACGCUUUGGCUGUGUGGUGCCCGAUAAGACUCCCAAAACUGCAGUAGAUGAGCGAUUGCAGAAGCGCAAGGAGCGCUUUGGUGUUGUCAUCUCCACCGAUUCCAAGACAGGCACCAGCACGAACUCCGCAGGCAGCAUCUAUGCAGAGAAGGCACGCGCACGCUUGGAACGCUUCAAGGCUACAGUAGAGGCUAUGCCCACAAAAUAGGCGGCCACCAUUCUUUUUCUUAAAUAUAUAUUUUUCUUUUCUAUAAUCAUGAAUUUGGACGCACAUCCUAAAUACAAUUUGUAUCGUGACAAAGUUAAUUGAAGCAGAACCCGGUAAUCAAUUAAACGCCUCUUGUUCUGGGAUAUUGCACUUUAAAAAAAAUAUAUAAGUCAUCAAUAUAAGCAUGCAUUGCUAUAUUAAUCUUAAGUGAAAAACGAGAAUAUAAUAAUAAUAAUA